UGUCUGAAUCAUAAUGGAUUUUAUGGGGAGAAAGUUAGAGGAAGUUUGGAUAAUAAUGCUUUGUUUAAUCGCUUAGCAAAGAGUUUGAAAUCUGAGAAUAAAGCUUUGAAGCUCACCUCUAAUGGUGCUGCUUCUGUUGUUGCUACACUAAAUAUUACCAAGGAGGCUGCGAGCAUUCAAGCUCCACCGUUUCAUACAGUCAAAGUUAACCCCAAGAAUGUUGCUUCGAUCAUAUUGGGAGGAGGUGCUGGGACUCAUCUGUUUCCCCUUACUAGAAGAUUGGCCACACCUGCUGUUCCAGUUGGAGGAUGCUAUAGGCUUAUAGAUAUUCCAAUGAGCAACUGCCUCAACAGUGGGAUCAACAAAAUUUUUGUGCUUACCCAGUUCAACUCUGCUUCGUUGAAUCGUCAUAUUUCACGAACGUACUUCGGAAAUGGUGUCAACUUUGGAGAAGGAUUCGUGGAGGUUCUUGCAGCCACUCAAACACCGGGGAAAUCCGGGAUGUACUGGUUCCAAGGAACGGCAGAUGCUGUGAGACAAUUUAUUUGGGUGUUCGAGGAUGCCAAGAACAGAAAUGUCGAAAACAUUCUAAUUUUGGCAGGGGAUCACAUGUACAGAAUGGACUAUAUGGACUUUGUGCAGAAUCACGUGGAUAGAAACGCUGAUAUUUCAAUCUCGUGCGCACCUGUGGACGACAGCCGCGCAUCGGACUAUGGAUUGGUGAAACUCGAUAGUAGAGGUCGAAUUAUCCAGUUUUCGGAGAAGCCAAAGGGUGCCCAUUUGAAUGCAAUGCGAGUAGAUACAACUUCAUUAGGUUUGUCUCGGGAGGAGGCGUUGAAGUCACCUUACAUUGCAUCAAUGGGCGUUUACGUUUUCAAAACGGACGUUUUGCUAAACCUUUUAAAGUGGAGAUAUCCUACAUCUAACGACUUCGGCUCAGAAAUCAUUCCUGCAGCUGUAAAGGAGCACAACGUCCAAGCAUUUGUAUUUAGAGACUAUUGGGAGGACAUUGGAACAAUCAGGACCUUCUAUGAAGCAAACUUGGCCCUCACGGAAGAGUUUCCUAAGUUCGAAUUUUACGACCCCAAGACGCCGUUCUAUACAUCGCCUCGAUUUUUACCGCCAACCAAGAUUGAUAAAUGUCAGAUUGUUGAUGCCAUAAUCUCACAUGGAUGCUUUCUGAGAGAAUGUAGUAUCCAGCAUUCGGUAAUCGGUGAACGGUCAAGAUUAGACUACGGUGUCGAACUUCAGGAUACUAUAAUGAUGGGUGCAGACAAUUACCAAACUGAACUCGAAAUUGCAGCUCUGCUAGCUGAGGGAAAAGUCCCUAUUGGGAUCGGACAAAACACGAAAAUCAGGAACUGCAUAAUCGAUAAGAACGUGAAGAUUGGGAAAGACGUCGUCAUCAUGAACAAAGAAGGCGUGGAAGAAGCAGAUCGACCCGAACACGGAUUCUAUGUUCGGUCGGGAAUCACCAUUAUAAUGGAAAAGGCAACAAUCAAGGACGGCACGGUCAUAUAAAGCGGUGUCGAGGUCUCGAACAUGCUCUGUGAGAGCUGAAGAAUGGCAUUUGCAGCAUUUAGGCUGAGAAGAAGAAGGAUUAUAGUGACAAAGAUGAAUUUAUAGAUAGGUUUGGAGCAAAGAAAGUUGCUUUUUAGUAUAACAUAUAAGGGGAGAUGUUAACUAGAGAUUGUAAGUCUUUAGUGUAAUUCUCUCUAAAUAAGAGUGGCUACUACUACUCACCCAGAUUCAUAGAUUAUAUUAUGUACAUACAAACUAUAUCUUUAUGUAUUCUUCAUAAUUGUUACCUUUUUUAUCAUUUCAUUGAUAUUUGGUGACACUUUCAUAUUCAAAUCAAUAUCAAAAAUUUUGGUUAA